CCACCCCUCCUACUACGUACACUAAGUCUGGGCAAGGUCGCAGACUCCCACCCACCACCCGUGCCCGGGCCAACAACCCCCGUCAGUUGGUCCCUGUCGCUAGCAUAGGCUGGUCUGGUUUGGGCUUGACAAGCCGUGGCGGCGGUGUCUUCAAACAUGAUUGGCGUGUGGCCAUGGUGCCGCCUUAUCGAGCCUGUCAGAGGCUGAGAAGCUUUCCAAGACCCCUACCGGUAGCGAAAGAGAAAGAGAGAGAAGGAGAGGCCUUCCACCAGGAAACUCGCGUAUGUGGGAUUUGCCAUGCUUCUUGUAAUAGCGCAGCAGUCACGGCAUCCUUUCCUCCCCCACCGCUCAUCCUAGCAGGCGUGACACUGUCGCUGUCGCUGUCGCUGUCACCGUCGCUGUCACUGUUCCGAGAGCACCUUUGCCUCGGGGAGGUGGGGGUUCGGUGUGAUGUCUUGUCUGCCAGUCAGUCAAUUUUCGCAGACGCGGGCGUAUCGUGUUGCCUGUAUGUGCAUGUGUCUGUGUGCGACCCGAUGCAUCUUUCACACAUGCGCUCUCAACCACUGGCAUCAACAGAAAGUGUAGAUAAAGAUAUAGUGCAGGGCAAGGAUAGGAUGGGGGGGGGAUAGCCAAC